AUGCUGCUCCAGCAAAAUGAACAACUUGGAGAUGAAAAGAGGCAGCUGGAAGCGGACUUGAAACUGGCUUUAGCUCAAGUACCAAAAAUGGAAGAGGUCAACAGAGAACACCUGGAGGAAGGAAUGUCACUGAAGGGAGCAGAACUCGGCCUCAAAUUAAAAGAAAGUGAAAACCUCAACAAGUUGCUUGACCUGGAUUAUGGAAACCUCUGUAUGCUGAAUGAAGACUUGAGGAAUGGUAUAGUUGAGAAAGAAAUAGAACUGGAGCGCACUUUACACAAGGGAGCAGAACUCAGCCUCAAAUUAAAAGAAAGUGAAACCCUCAACCAGUUGUUAGACCUGGAGAAUGGAGACCUCUGUAGGCUGAAUGAAGACUUGACGAAUGUUUUAGUUGAGAAACAAAGAGACCUGGAGCGCACUUUACACUGGGGAGAAAAACUCAUCCUCAAAUUAAAAGAAAGUGAAAACCUCAACCAGCUGCUUGGCAUGGAGAAUGGAGAUCUCUGUAGGCAAAAUGAAGACUUGAAGAUUGUUUUAGUUGAGAAACAGAAGGAGGCAAAGCUGCUGAAAGGAGAAAAUAUAAAGAUUGACAAUACUCUUGCCGAAGAGACGGAAAGGCUGCUUAGAACAGUAGCAGAGAAGGUCAGUAACAAUCUGUUAGUUAAGAAGGAUCAAUUGGAAAUCGCUCUGCAUCAGGAACAGAGCCUGCAACGCUUGCUAGAACGUCAAGAGGAAGACAUCAUCUCUUUCAGGAAGGAGAGUGAAACCCAAUGGGAUAGAGAGAAAGAUGUUAUUAAUGGAGAUGAAUGA